CAAAACCUGGAAAGUAGAAUCAUGCUCUAUUCCCUUGAAAGUAAACCGUAAAACCUCGCAACAUAAACCCUCUGUUAUGUUUCCACAUCUUCAUAAUUUCCAGUCACUGAAAACUGAGAGCAGAGAAGAAUCUCGUGUGUCCUCUGUUUGAAGUUGUUUCCAUUGUGGAUAAGAACACAUACUCAGAGGCCCGGAUCUAGAGUAAUUAAGCUUCAACCAUUUUAAAUGAUUCUUCCGAUUGACUCAGCAAAUAAAUUAUCGUUUAAGCGCUGCAUUAAAGAUGGAGAUUUGGUCAUUGUGUAUGAGAGGCAUGAUACAAUGAAAGCAGUGAAAGUCAGUGAGGAUGGGGUUCUGCAGAAUCGUUUUGGUGCUUUUAAGCAUUCUGAAUGGAUAGGCAAACCAUUUGGGUCCAAAGUUUUAAGUAACAAAGGAAGUUUUGUUUACUUGUUAGCUCCAACUGCAGAGUUAUGGACAUUGGUUUUAAGUCACAGAACUCAGAUUCUUUAUAUAGCUGAUAUUAGUUUCGUCAUUAUGUAUUUGGAGAUCGUUCCUGGUUGUUUGGUUCUUGAAUCUGGUACUGGAAGUGGAUCUUUGUCAACUUCCCUUGCAAGGGCUGUGGCCCCCACUGGCCAUGUUUAUACCUUUGAUUUCCAUGAACAGAGAGCUGCCUCAGCUAGGGAGGACUUUGAAAAGACAGGGUUGAGCAAUCUGGUAACAGUAGGAGUACGAGAUAUACAGGGCGAAGGGUUCCCUGAUGAAUUUUGUGGGAGGACAGAUUCAGUAUUCCUAGACCUUCCUCAACCUUGGCUUGCCAUUCCUUCUGCUGGCAAAAUGUUGAAACCAGAUGGGGUAUUGUGCUCCUUCUCGCCAUGCAUUGAGCAAGUACAACGCUCUUGUGAAGCACUCAAAUCACAUUUUACAGAUAUAAGAACAUUUGAAGUGCUUCUACGCACCUAUGAAGUUAGGCAAAAGAUACUAGAGAGCUGCCCAGUAAAUGAAGGAGGUUCUAUUGAGCGCCCUCCACGGAAGAGGAGGCAGGGUUCUGCUGAAGGAAGCAAUGGGAAUGAAUGCUCUUCUUCUCCUACGGUUGUGAUUAGGCCUUCUGGUGAGGCAAGAGGUCAUACUGGCUAUUUGACAUUUGCCAGACUUAAAUGUUUUGUGUAAUAUGCUUCAAUGAAGGUCCAAAUUUUGUGGUCAAGCACACUGUUUGUGUUUGUUUCUUGAUGAUUCUACGAGUAGAUAUCCUUGUAGUUAUCGGUUCUUAAGGAGCGGACUGUCCAGAAGUGAUACAGUUUUGGCUUGAGAUUGACAAAAAACGAACUAAUUGCUUCUACCUGAAGGGGGUUUGUUUUCAAUAUUACAAAUUCUAUUUAUGUCA